AAGCCGGCCACCAAACCCCCAAUUCACUCCGGAGACAGCUACGUCCGGCUCUAUUUCGGUCUCUUCCUCCUUGGGUCUUGGCGAUAGAGCCCCAAGGUGGUUCCCCACAGAAGGACCGCGGCGUUCGGGGCAUCAUGACCCCUGUCUGGAUCUUACUCCUUCUCCAGCUGCGACUCACCAGAGAGGAAGAUGCCUACGUCCAGAAGGGGCAGGACCGGGUGUUCCCUUGCGGCCUGGUCGAGCCUCUCUCGGGCGGGGAAGAAGUGACGUGGUCCUACAAUACCGGUGUUCCUGGGUCCCCGUCGGUGCUGUUAUUCCAGGGUGUGGCAGGUCAGGCCCUGAAGAAGGAGGUGGCCCGGGAGCGGCUCUCCACGUUCCCCAACCACUCCCUGUACCUGUGGGGGGCCGAGGACGGAGACAUGGGGACCUACUGGUGUUCGGUGCAGAGAGUCACCCGCCACACCUACCAGCUGAAUGUUGUCACAGGGACCCAGACGGUGCUGACGACCGGCCCCACCAACAUGACCUGCCACCAGUUCUCCUACGUGAUCUUGGACCGGCAAGCGCUGCCGGCGGUGACAUGGUGGGUUGGCGGGCAGCGGGUGCAGGACACUGGUGGGCAGCAGGUACAGGACGCCGGUGGGCAGUGGGUGCAGGACACCGACGGGCAGGGCUGGCAGCUCGUCUUCUCGGGCUCGCGGGCGGCGCUGCUCCAGGCCUGCUGGAACAGGAGCGAUCUGGGGGCCAGGACGAAGAAAAGACGGGUCAGGUGUGAGCUGAACAGCAUGCGGGUCACCUUCGACCUCACCGGUAGGGACGGGGCCAGGACGCCAGGGUUCUCUGGGCAAGGAGUAGGGGAGAGGGGGGUCUAGUGGUUAGAGCAGGGCGGGGAGGGGGCUGGGAGCCAGGACUCCUGGGUUCUUUCCCCAGCUCUGGGA